AUGGAAACUUAUUGGAAGAUUUUGUAUACUACUCAGAAGCACAAGAAACAAACCAAAAAGUGGAUUGACGGAUACAUGCAUGUAAAACCCGACGGAAAGAAUGCCGUGAUGUACAGUGAAGAUUUAGACAAAAUCCAUCACUUCCGAAUUGAGCAGAAAUUUAGAUGCCGAAUUACCGAAGGUGGUGAAUUUGGUAUUCAAAAGUACGAUUUACAAGUAGACGAACAACUUUCAAAACUGCCGACAGGCAAGAUCAAAUAA